AUGUCAAAAUUAUCUGACCUUCCAUUAACCGAAAGAAAAUUAGUCAAGAGUACCAAAUUUGCAAGGAUAUUUAAUGUCAAUGAUAAGUAUGCCAUUAAAUCAAUAAGCACAGAUUUCAUUGUGGCUCCCCAUAACCACGAAGUUGAAAGAUCGAUCCUAUUGAAACUAAGAAGUGCAAUCGAAGAGUCUUCAAGUAAGGACAAAGGUGCCAUUCAUAUAAUUGGAUUACUGGACUAUGGCCGAAAUGAACAAGAUGAAGAUGAGGUAGAGUUACUAUUCCCAUAUUAUCCAUUUAGUUUAUAUGAAUUGAUGAGAACUCAAUAUAGACAAUCAGGGCAUCAAGAACUUAACAAAAAAUUCAAUCCUUAUUACAAUCUAACGACAGUCACAAAUGAAGAAGAUUUACCAACAAGAACAAAAGAAUUAAUAUAUAAGAAUUAUUUCGAUGUGAAUAAAUAUGCAUACAAAUAUUUUCUUCAAAUUGCUGAAGGUUUGCAAUUCAUACAUCAUAAUGGAAUUAUUCAUAGAGAUAUAAAACCACAAAACAUAAUGGUCGACGUAGAGACCGAUUUAUUGAAGAUCACAGAUUUUGGAAUCUCCUAUGAUACACAGAAUACUAAACAAACGGUCGCAGAAAGUCCAGAACGUAAGAUCACAGAUGUAUCAUCUUCUAUAUACAAAGCUCCUGAGUUAUUAUUAGGUGUGAAGAAUUAUGGAUAUGCUGUAGAUAUAUGGUCUCUACUGAUUUUAGUAUCACAGUGGUUCCAAAAAGAUACCAAAAUGAUAUCAACCACAGGGAGAAUUGUCUCUGAAACUAGAGAUGAUUUUUAUAUUCCUGCUAUAAUUGAUGAUGGUACACAAGAUGGACAAAAUGGAAGUGACAUACGAUUAUUACUCAGUAUAUUUUCUAAAUUUGGAUAUCCCAAGGUUUUAGAUUGGAAAGAAGUUUCUGAAUUUGGUUCGGAGGAUGCAUUCAUAGGGAUGUUUGGGGAGCAAGGUGAUGGCAAAUAUUUCAAAUAUCUACCUGAUGAAGAACAACUUGAGCAAUUAAAGGUAUUAUUACCCAGAUUGAAUGAAAUUAAUGAUGUGACUAUUAGAGACGGAAUCUUAAAUGUUAUGGCGAAAAUGCUGGUGUAUGAUUCUACAAAGAGAAUAUCUAGUGACAAACUUGUCUCUGAAUUGGCAUCCCUUAAAGCAUAA